CAGCAGCAGCAGCAGCAGCAGCAUCAGAAACAACAACAACGACAACAACAGCAAACCUCGGACCCCAGGCUCUAAAUAGAGUUCACGAUGACCCGCAAGCUGAGCAAAUUCCUCAUUCUCUUCGAGAACACGAACCUCCUUUACUUCCCGGGCCACUUUCUGUCCGGGCGCGUGCUCAUCGAGCUCGACGACGAGGCCUACGUCUCGGGGCUGCACUUCCAUGUGGUCGGCGAGGGCGUCGUACGGGUGCGCAGCCAGAGGGCCGAGCGGGUCUACGACAAGGAGAAUUACAUCGACUUUCGGAUGAGGUUACUCGGCGAGCCAGGGGAUGGACCAUCGCUCUUGUCGCCCGGCAUCCACAGCUUCCCCUUCAAGCUUGGCCUGCCUCUGGGACUACCGUCCACCUUCCUGGGUAAGCACGGCUGGGUGCAGUAUUACUGUAAGGCCGCGCUUAGGGAGCCCGGGGGCCUCGUUCACAAGAACCAGCAGGUCUUCAUCGUGAUGAACCCGAUCGAUCUUAACCUCGAGCCUCCAAUUCUGGCGCAACCGGCGCGCCUGGAGGUGGAGCAGCAUGUGGGCGUGUCGUGUGUCUCGGGCGGCCCGGUUUUCUGCCGGGUGAGCCUCGACCGGGGCGGCUACGUGCCCGGUGAGAGCAUCGGCAUCUCGGCGACGGUGAGCAACCGGAGUAAGGUGACGAUGAAAUCGACCAAGGCCUCUCUCACGGAGACGAUACAGUACAUGUGUCGCGGCAAGGUACUCGCCAGCGAGACUCGCGAGCUCGCGAGCGUCUCCAGGGGCAAGAUCCGACCCGGCGAGGGCGAAGAGUGGCUCAACGAGCAGAUGUACGUCCCACCGCUACCCCCGACCAACCUCCGUGGAUGCCACCUCAUCAAUGUCCUUUACCAUGUCUACUUUAUCAUUACUCCGAAGAGCCUCGAUAAGGAGAUCAAGCUCCAGAUUCCGAUCGUCCUGGCGACGUAUCCGCUGAGGCAGGAGGGGGCGCCAGUUGGCACGGCACCAUCAAAGCGGGGCGCCCACUACCCGUCGACCCUGCCGAUCUUCCGGCCCUGGCUCGACGAUAAGGCCUUCGACGUCGAGGAUUGAGUUGUCGCGACGCCUCAAGUUAGCAACUUGACGACCGCUGGCUAAUUAACAACGCUGGGCUAAUUGAAUGUCGCGGUAGUGGUCGAUGAAUGUUCGAUGGCCGAGGCGCGUUCGCUUUGACAUUAUUGUCUCUUUGUCGUAAUUCGAGGCUGGACGAAAAAUAAUGCCGGAGCCUUGCAAUUAUUAAGUUUUAAAAUUUAAUGUAGCGACGGGGUCGUUUAAGAGCUCGAAUGACGUUUUCGAUUAUUUUAAUGACGCCAUUUAAGCAUGCAAUAACAUUGUGCAAUGUGAGUAGCGGAGAUUUAUGCAUUUUUGCGGCUGUCUGCUAUUUGUAAGAAUUUAACUGCAGCCGAUGACGACGUUAACUGCCAAAUGCAAACAAUUCAAUUAUCGAACAUAUAGAGUCGUUAUAUAGAUUUAAUAAGGCAACAUUAAAUACCAUUAAUAAUGAUUAAGCUGCGCCA